AUGACAUCUGUUGUCGAGCGUUACAACAAAGAAAAAGAGAAAUUAGACAAGCAGUACAGUCGGCCUGCUAAUAUAGAAGUCAAGAUGGACAAAAGUUGGAUGAAUCUGCCCAAUAGACUUCGCUCACCUGCUUAUGCCGAAGGUGUUAGGAAUUUUCUCCAAAUGGCACAAAACCACGCCAUGGGAAACAAUCGCAUUCAGUGCCCCUGCCGGAUAUGUAGUAAUAAUCUUUUCCUGCCUUUAUUGAUCGUAGAGAGUCACUUGUUCAUAAAAGGGAUUGAUCCUAACUACACUGAAUGGAUUUUCCAUGGUGAAGAGGAAACCCAGAAUUUGAACAUGGAUGAUGAAGAUGCCGAGAUGAGUGAUGAUGAUGAAUUCAUUGAUGACAUGGACCAUUUGUUAGACGACAUAUGGGCUGGGAAAAACGUCGAUGUACCCCAAAGCAGCACACCAAUGCCAAUUCAUGAUUCAGUACCUGCAUCAUUUUCAAUGUCAUCUUUUGAUCAGCUAUUAGAGGAUGCCCGACGUCCACUUUUCAAUGGCUGUACAAAAUUCUCGAAAUUGUCGUUCAUUGUCAAGUUGUUACAUAUUAAAACAAUUGGCCGUUGGUCAAUUAAGUCAUUUGAUAUGCUCCUAGAGUUGUUGAGGUCAGCCUUCCCGGAUGUUGGGUUGCCGCACUCUUAUGAAGAGUCACGAUCAUUGGAGCGAGAAUUGAAUUCAUGCCCUAUAUGUAAGGCCUCGAGGUGGAUGCCAACUACAAAUGGGACACGGGUGAUCCCUCAAAAGGUGUUGCGGCAUUUUUCAUUGAAGCCAAGACUGCAGCGGCUUUAUCUGUCUACAAAGAUAGCUGCGAAUAUGAGAUGGCAUAAAGAGCAGCGAGUUAAUGAUGGGAAUAAUUUGAGGCAUCCCGCCGACUCCGAGUCUUGGAAGACAUUUGAUGCAGACCAUAGAUGGUUCGCUAAUGAUGCACGCAAUGUUAGGCUUGGUUUGGCAAGUGAUGGUUUCAAUCCCUUCAAUAACAUGGCUAAGCCUUACAGCAUAUGGCCAGUGAUCCUUGUCCCAUAUAACUUGCCACCGUGGUUAUGCAUGAAAGACCAAUUCUUUAUGACAUCCCUCAUUAUUCCUGGGCCAAAAUCACUGGGGAAUGACAUUGAUGUUUAUUUGCAGCCAUUGAUAGAUGAAUUGCGAGAACUUUGGGAAAAUGGGGUACCUACGUAUGAUGCCUCCACCAAGGAAACGUUCAUGCUGCAUGCUGCUUUAUUGUGGACAAUUAAUGACUUCCCAGCAUAUGGCAAUCUUUCUGGCUGGUCAACAAAAGGAAAAUACGCAUGUCCUUGCUGCAAUGCCAACACAGAUUGUAAUUGGUUGAAGUAUGGCCGAAAACACUGUUAUAUGGGACAUCGACGUUUCCUUCCAUCAAACCACAUUUGGCGGACGAAAAAAUGGUUGUUCAAUGGUAAAGCUGAUCAUCGCAUGCCACCAAGGGUGUUAGAAGGUAUAGAUCUUUUACGUCAGCUACAGAUGCUUGGGGAGGUCUCAUUUGGAAAAUCUCUUAGGAAGCGAAAACGCACUUCUGAAGAGUUGAAUUGGACGAAGCACAGCAUAUUCUUCAAGUUACCUUAUUGGUCAACACUUCGUAUCCGACAUAAUUUAGAUGUCAUGCAUAUUGAGAAAAAUAUAUUCGAUAACAUCUUCGGCACUUUAAUGAAUAUUCCUGGAAAGACUAAAGAUAAUAUUAACUCUAGACGUGAUCUGGAGGUAUUGGGUUUCAGAAAGGAAUUACAUUUGAAGUGUGAAGGUGAUAAAAUCUCAAUGCCUCAUGCAUCGUACAUGUUACACGGAGAUGAAAGGAGUACAUUUUGUCAUUGGAUGGCGAAUUUGAAAUUCCCAGAUGGGUUCGUCUCCAAUAUCUCUCGUUGUGUUUCUGUACGUGAUUGCAAAAUUUCAGGGUUGAAAAGCCAUGAUUGCCAUGUUUUUUUACAACGAUUACUUCCUAUUGCUGUCGGUGGGUACUUAAGGAGCGAUAUUGCCUUGGCGUUGACUGAGCUAAGCAUAUUCUUUAAAGAAUUGUGCACAAGAACAUUGGAUAUCACUCAGCUAGCCCAGCUUCAAACUGAUAUCAUACUCAUUCUAUGCAAGCUGGAGAUGAUAUUCCCUCCAUCAUUUUUCGACGUCAUGGUUCACCUAGCUGUCCAUUUACUUCGUGAGGCCAUACUUGGGGGUCCAGUACAAUACAGGUGGAUGUACCCAUUUGAGAGGUAUUUGGGAAAAUUUAAGCGGUAUGUUAAAAAUAAAGCACACCCAGAAGGUUCAAUUGCGGAAGCAUACAUUCACAUCGAAUGCCUGACCUUUUGCUCAAUGUAUCUUAAUGAUGUUGAGACGAGGUUUAAUCGACCGGAUCGCAAUAUUGAUGUGCAAGAAGAGCCGACUACAGAUGGAUUUUCAGUUUUUAACCAAAAAGUCCGUCCGUUGGGUAUAGCACAUAAGGAGCGAGUAAAAGAUAAACUCCUUAUCAUAGCUCGUUGGUACGUGCUUAACAACUGCACUGAGAUUGGACCCUACUUGGAAGAGCACUACGAGAAAUGUAAGGUGAAUAAUGAAACUUCUGUUGAUCGCACACAUCAAAAUGAGUUCCCAACGUGGCUCAAGAAACGUGUUCAAGACCAACGAUCCAACAAUCCACUUGAUGUCUCUCCCGAUCUAUAUGCCCUAGCAUGCGGUCCUGAUAAUGUAGUUGCAUCAUAUGGUGCUUGCAUAGUAAAUGGAAAAAGGUUCCAUACAAAAUUGCGUGAACAUCGACGACGAACACAGAAUUCGGGUGUGUUAGUAACUGGUGACCAUUAG